UCCGGGCGUGAUUACGUCACUCAACCACCGUGAAGAUUCCAGUUAGUUUAGCCAACUCAACACUUACCACCCGGCGACUCCCGGACCCAGACCCGGAUAAGAAGUGGGCCAACAAUUCACUCGGUCAAGCGUGAGGUGUGUGACACUAACAACUUCAGAGAUUCAGCACUGAAACACUGUGUUAACUGAGACCUGUGGCAAUGGAAUCUCUAUCGCCAGCAAAAUCGCGACAAGCUUUUCAAGUUCAGAAUCAGCAGAUGCCUUGGAGCAGGAUGUUGCUGGGAUCACUGAUUGUCUUCAGUUGUCUGGUAGCUUCUGUGUCCUCUGAUGAGGAUUACUAUAAGUUAUUGAAGGUGUCCAGAGAAGCAACAACCAGAGAGAUACGACAAGCCUUCAAAAAGCUAGCUCUGAUCAUGCACCCGGAUAAAAACCCACAUGAUGAAACUGCCCAUGACAAGUUCCUGAAGGUAACCCGAGCCUAUGAAGUUCUGAAGGAUGACGAUCUGAGGAAGAAGUAUGACAAGUAUGGAGAGAAGGGUCUGCAGGAUGAGCAGCAGGGAGGAGGACGAUAUGAGAGCUGGAACUACUAUAGAAAUGAAUUUGGUAUCUACGAUGAUGACCUAGAGAUUGUCACUUUAGAUAGGGGAGACUUCGAUGCAGCAGUGAACUCCGGGGAACUAUGGUUUGUCAACUUCUACUUCCCUCGUUGCCAUCAUUGUCACGAGCUGGCUCCCACGUGGAGGGAGUUUGCUAAGGAGAUGGAUGGAGUGAUCAGGAUAGGAGCAGUGAACUGUGGAGACAACAACCGACUGUGUCGCAGCAAAGGCAUCAACAGCUACCCCAGCCUCUACAUUUACAAAGCUGGAAUGAAUCCAGAGAAAUACUUUGGAGAUAGGGCCAAGGAGAGUUUGACUAAGUUUGGAAUGCAAUUUGUGAAGAGCAGAGUUACAGAGCUGUGGCAAGGCAAUGUCUUCACUGAGAUUGAGGCAGCAUUUUCAUCUGGAGUUGGAUGGCUGAUCACCUUCUGUGCUGACUCGGGAGACUGUCUAGAGUCACAGACGAGGCAAAAAUUAGCAGGAAUGUUGGAAGGUCUAGUGAACGUGGGCUGGAUGGACUGCUCAACACAGGCUGAGUUGUGUGACAGCUUUGAGGUGACCACCAGCACCACAGCCUUCUUCCCCCCCGGCAGUUCACUGAAGAACAAGGGCAGCGUGCUGUUCCUGCAGAGUUUGGAUACCAGAGAGAUCUAUGGAGAGGUGAUGCAGCAUCUGCCUGACCUGGAGGCUCUUACUAAGGAAACCUUCCAGAGUAAACUGGCCCAUCAUCGGUGGCUGGUCAGUUUUUCUUUCGGACAGAAGACCAUGGCAUCUCAUGAGUAUAAGAAGCUCAAGGCUCUUCUGAAGGCAGCCCACAUACAGGUGGGAAAGGUGGACUGCCUUACUGACUCAGAACUAUGUGUCUCCUUCUACAUUCAAAAGCCCUGUAUCGCUGUCUUCAAAGGCCUUGGGAUUCAUGACUUUGAAAUCCACCAUGGGAAGGAUGUGCUGUAUAACAUCAUAGCAUUUGCUAAGGAGAGUGUCAGCGCCCAUGUCACCACUCUGAGACCAGAGAACUUCCCCAGUGAUGGAAAGGAGCCCUGGCUAGUUGACUUCUUUGCUCCUUGGUGUCCGCCCUGUCGUGCUCUCCUCCCUGAGCUGAGGAAAGCCUCGAUCCAGCUGUUUGGUCAGAUGAAGUUUGGAACGCUGGACUGCACCGUGCACGAAAGACUCUGCAGCACGUAUAAUAUCCAUGCCUACCCGACCACGGUAAUCUUUAACAAGUCCUCCAUCCAUGAGUACGAGGGACAUCACUCUGCUGACGGAAUCCUGGAGUUCAUACAGGACUUGGUCAACCCCACUGUGGUGACCAUGGACCCAGACAGCUUUGCAGAGCUGGUGAAGAAGAGAAAACGCAACGAGACCUGGAUGGUGGACUUCUAUGCCCCGUGGUGUGGGCCCUGUCAGGCACUGCUGCCCGAGUGGAGGAGGAUGGCACGGGCGGUGAAUGGUAUGAUAAAGGUGGGGACGGUAGACUGUCAGAAACACCACUCCUUCUGCCAAGGAGAGAGUGUCAGAGCCUACCCUGAGAUACGCCUCUACCCUCAGAACGCCAACCGACGAGACCUAUACCAGAGUUACAACGGCUGGCACAGAGAUGCUCACUCUCUCAAAGUCUGGGCUGUGGGUACUCUCCCAAGAGCAUCAGUGGAUCUGACUCCAGAUGACUUCAGGAACAAGGUAUUAGGAGGGAAGGAUCACUGGGUGGUGGACUUCUAUGCUCCGUGGUGUGGACCAUGUCAGCACUUUGCCCCAGAGUUCGAGGUCCUCGCUCGGAUGGUGAAAGGGAGUGUGAGGGCAGGGAAAGUAGACUGUCAGGCCCACUACCAGACCUGUCAGUCAGCUGGCAUCACAGCCUAUCCCAGCGUCCGAUUCUACCCACACCUGGGCACCAAGAAGCGUGACCAGGGAGGGGAGCACGUCAACAGCCGGGAUGCUAACAACAUCGCAGACGUCCUCCACCAGAGGCUCCAGCAGUUAUCUCCAUGGUUACAGGGCAAGGCGGACAACUUCAAGGAUGAGUUGUGAGUUCAAGGGGGUCGAUUCCACUGAGAUGGUUUUCCUUAUGGAAACAUAAAGGAUGGACACGCCUGCGCGCACACACACACACUUAACAAACAAAAAGACUCUGAGAAGAGAUUUGUUUCUGCAUGGAGGAUUACUGCCAAGGAAAGAAGACGUUAUUGAAAGGUUACCUCAGUAUUGUCGUACUGUCAAAACAAACCUGUUUCUCAACUGAUUCAAUGAUAAGGAAAGACUGACUCGCUGUCUUAGGUUUUAUUAGUUCUAUAGGUGAAGUGUGUCCAUAUGGUAGGUGUCGACCUGCCUGAUAUCUGAAUGUACUGUCUGAUGUAGAUUGGGGACAAGAUAUUUUAUGCCUAUAUUUAUGAUACAAAAUGGCAGUUUAUCAGUUUAUAAUGCGCCUGCCAAUGUCAAUGCUUCUUGUUGAUUCAACUUGAACCAUUUGAGUGUAGUGAACAGUGUUUUAUUCAUUCUGUGAAGUGACCACACUGUACUGGCUGUGUUGGUUGUAUUAUUAUGAUGAUACCAAUCUAUUUGUUUGUCUGCUGACAGUAGGGUUCAGUAUGCAACCUCCGUAUACAGUAAAACACACAAACACAGUUUAGAAAAGACAUCCUGUACACUGAAAUCAAUUAACAGAACAUAUGUUACCAAUUCACUCCACAACAUUCAUUGAUAUGUUACUGUUUGCCAUCACUGAAAUGUGAAUGGAAAUGGUUUGAUUAGUUGUGGGAUGAUGCAGUCUUGCAAAAGUUUUCUGUCAUACCAGAAAUGUGGGAAAUCUAGCACGGUUUUAUAUAAUGUCUUUGUAAUCUGGUAUUUUCAACUUAAAAUACAAUACUAUCUUUGGAUGAUGUUUGAUAGUAACUUAUGUGGGAACUUGUAGUCUUGAAAAUAAAAAAACUACAAUGCUGAA